AAGGAAAGAUGGCCGCCUGUCGAUGUAAACCUGGUCCAUGUGUAGCUCCAAAAGUGUGCCCAAAGCUCCAUAUUUCUGUCCUAUGAUGUUCAGCUCUUCAAUGCCUAUUGGAAUUGUCUUCAUUCAGCGAUCAAAGAUUUACAUAUUUUGGGCAACAUGCUGAGGUUCAUGAUAUAUGUAUCCAUUCCUAACGCUUGGCGUCGCUUACGAUAUGGGAAUGCAACUGAAGAUCGCCUCCUUGAAUUCGUGAAGAGCACAGCAGUAGAGGGCGAUGCAGCUAGUGUGCUGUCUGCCGUGGAUAGAUUCAAGGAUGAGAAAGAGUGGAUGGUCAGUAUUGAACGGAGGAAAAUGGAGAAAAUCGGCACAGUACUUGAGGAAACGAAGCCCAAGAAUUGCUUGGAGCUUGGCACCUACUUGGGUUACUCUGCAGUUUCCACAGCAGUUCAUCUGCCUGAAGGAGCUCGCUUGAUCACAGUGGAGAUAAACGAAAAAUAUGCCAGCAUCGCCAAGCAGUUGGUAGACAUGGCUGGUCUAAAUCAGGUUUCGGUCGUUACUGGGAAAUCAUCAGAUGUCAUCCCAGAGCUAUGCAGCAGAUACUCAAUGGACAAGCUGGACUACCUAUUCAUUGAUCACUUUGGCAGCCAGUACUUGCCUGAUCUGGAACGACUGGAGGAACUCCAUCUCCUUCGCAAGGGGACCGUCAUCGUGGCCGACAACGUCCUGUUUCCCGGCUGUCCCGAUUACAUCAAGUAUGUGGAGGGAAGCAACAAGUUUACCACAGAGCGCUUCUAUUGUAAAGUGGAUGGCCUUGGCGUACAAGAUGCCAUUGCAAUCUCUGUCUACAAUGGUGGUGACCAUGGUGAUGACUAGGUUUAAUGUUGUCUCCACCGUGGCACAAGUAGACGUUUCAACUUUGCUGUCCUGGCGCUUGUUCCAGAGUGAUUGGAAUUAAAAAAUUUACAGCAAAACUUAGAUCAACUCUGACAACAACUCAUUGUGACGAGCUGGAAAUACAUGUACCUUUGUGCAGACACUCUAUGUAAAAAUCACGUUUGGAGAAAUCAUAAUUGUUAACAAUGCUGACAUGCUUCCAGUAGCAAAACUGAAUUUAUGUUAAAUUUUCAUCAAUGGUGGCGGGGCACACAUCUUGAUCAUUGCAUUUUUUUUUGUUUCAGAUAAAUAUACCGCUGCCUGCCUAAUGAUUGCCCUCUUUUUAAGCACUGAUAUUGAAAUGUACUUUUUUUCUAGUUUUAUAUUCAAGAUAUACAUGCGCAUGUAUGCAAUAAAUUAAAGAAAAUACUAGUGCAUGUGUAAAAGCUGCCUGAAAUAAAUUACCAGUUCAUGUCAGUAAUUUUAGUUUUUAUUCAGAACAUGUCAAUCAAAUCCACUCUGAAAUGAAAUAUGAAUUUGCCUAGUUGGUUCUUGCAUGACACUUUAACUCUGUUUUAAAGAAAAUGUUUGAUUUUUAGGGAAUAUAAAAUGCAUGUAUGCUAUCUGCUAUUGAUAAUUACAUAAUUUUGAAAAGUGGUUAAGCAGUGAACUCCGGGUGCUUGUAGAUCUGGCUUGUACACCUUAAUGUACAUUUAAGAUCCUUGAGGUUGCCAAAGAUGGAGCCAGUUGGAGACACUGCAUUAUCAGCUGCCGUGCAGCCGACUACUACAUGUACUUGUAGCAGUAGAUUUGUGUUCAAUAUUGCAUUUUGAAUGCACCCAUUAGGCAAGUGGGUGCAAAACUGACAGUCUCUGUUCAUUUCAUGCAGGUCAGGAUUGGGAUCAGUGGUCCAACGUUGGUACCCGACACCUGAACCCGACUAAUGGAUAGUGCAAGCCAGCUUUGAGAUCAAUGAUCACGAUCCAGAUCCGUGUGAAACGAACAGACACUGAAAUUCAUAUUAUUUUGUAAGCAUGCAUAUGUACAAAUUCUUGCCUUGCCAGUGGAUAUUUCAUGCUAGCUCAAAGCGCAGUCAUUGGCAUUGGUUUUUAAGGACUCCCUUGGCAUCAGGUGCACAGUGUACCAAAUUAGUACACUUUAAAUCCUACACCAGUUGUUAUUUUUUUUUCUUUCUUUUUCACGAGAAAAUGAUGCUGUGUUUUAAAGACUGCCAGCUGAGAAAGAUUCCUUGUACUCCUGGAAACUUCUGCCUUUUUUCCCCUUAUACAGCAGAACCCUGUUUAAAACAAGGUCCAAUAGAGUACCGAAGUGUGACGUCACCGUGAACCAGAAAGUGCAGUGCAAACGAAUGGAGUACGCGCGUGUUGGCUC